AUGGUUGAUCUUGAAAACCUUCCUCCAAAAAGGUAUUAUUUCAAAGAUUUUAUAGAUGUUGUUGGAGGCAACUUUCAGGUUAACAGACUUGAAGACGUUAUUGGUUCUGUUCAUGAGAUCAACAAUUUUCAGAGUAACAUACCAGGGAAAAAGACCGUUGUGUCUCUAAAAAUCAAAGACCUAAGUGGUAAUUUUAUUAACUGCACUUUAUGGGAGAAUUAUGCUACUCAGUUUUUGGAUUUUUACAAUGACGUGAAAAAUAAUGGUGGUAUUGUCAUUAUUCUCACCCAUGCAAUGAUCAAGGAUUCACAAGCUUCAAAUGGAUGGAGUGGUUCUAAGUUGCUAAUAAAUGAAGAAAUUCCAGAGAUUACAGAAUUUAUGUUUAAGUUGCCUGCUGAUGAGCAAUCUAAAAAGCCAACACGAUCUUCAAAAUCUAUGUCUAUUUGGUCUGGAUCAUCUCAACAAACUACAGUUGAACAGUUUGUUAAUAAGGCCAAAUGUAUGUCUUUAAGUGAUCUAUGCAAAGUCAAGCAGGAUUUUCCAUGUGUCACUGUGGCAACUACCUUGAAGUUUUCUGUGUCAAAACAUGGUUGGUUCUAUUAUGGAUGUACCAAUUUUACUUUAAAGGCAACUCAUGUAAACAAUCCUUAUCAGUGUUCAUGUGGAGAAAAAGUUCAAAAAGCAAUACCAAGGUAUAAGGUUGAUGUUUAUGUUUUUGAUGGUGAUUUCAAGUAUCGUUUUGUUUUUUGGGAUACCGAUUGUUUUGAGAUUAUUGGCAAGUCUGCCGAAGAUAUGUAUAAGAAAAUGAUGGACGAGGGUGAAGAUGAUCCGUUGGUAUAUCCCGAUGACCUUGAAUUGCUAUUGGGUAAGAAAAUGGCCUUCAGAGUCAAAGUUCAGCCAAGUUUUGGACAGGGUUAUGUGUGGAAAUUCUCUUCUGAUGAAGACUUUGUCAAUCAAAUUCAAAAGGAUUUUAUUCCUAAUGAGGCUGAAAGUAUUCCUGUAACUGAAAUAACAAUUGAAGCUCCUGUUGAACCAGUUGUGCAAUCAAACUUUGCAUUUGGGGAAAAUGAUCCUGAUACUAACUUUGGAAAUACCCCUGCUAAGGAUGCCUCAGUCCGUGAUAGUGUUGAAGAAAUUGAUUGUGAAGUCUAUGGAGCCACACAAUUUUUUGGCACCAAACCGUCGAAGAAAGUGAAGAUAGAGCCAAAUGUUUGA